AUGAUGAAUAAUUUAACUAUAAUUCCUGAGGGUGAAGUAAAACCGGAUCUUAAGAAAUUAUCAUUAGAAGAACUACGUAAAUUAAAAGAAAAAAUAUUGGAUAAUGUAUGCCAAAAUGUUUCUUCUGGAAAACCAAAUUCAAAUAAUCAUGGUUUUAAAACCAUUAAACGAAAAAACAAAAACAGACCAUCUGAAAUAUCAUCUAAAAUAGAUCCUUCUUUAAAUCCUUAUAAGAAUGUGAUUAAGACUCAAAUUAAACCUACAGUUGAAAAAACAAAAAAAAUAGAUCCAAGAUUUGAUUCUUUAUAUGGUGAAUUUGAUAAAAGAGUUUUCGAAAGGAAUUAUAAAUUUUUAAAUGAUAUAAAAGAAAAAGAAAAAAAGAAAUUAAAGAAAAAGUUAAAACAAAAUGGUCCUGAUGAUAAGAAAAAGACAGUAAAAUUAUUAUUACAAAGAAUGGAAAAUCAAGAGAGAGAAAAACAAAAAAUGAAUGUUAAAGAUAGAAUAAAAUUAGUUCAGAAACAAAAAGUAUCAGAAGCAUUAAAAGAAGGUAAAAAACCUCAAUUUUUGAAGAAACGUGAAUCAAAAAUUUUGCAGUUGGUGGGACAGUAUGAAGAAUUGAAAUCUCAAGGAAAAAUUAACAAACAUAUUAAGCAAAAGAGAAUUCGAUCUAUUGGAAAUGAAAAGAAAACAAAUUUUUUUUACGAUGAAUCAAUUCAGUAA